AUGAGGAGGGAUCUGAGGACAGCCCUUCCCGCUCCCCUUCGCCACCUCGCCCGGUCCCAUCCUCGAGCCGUGGGGGGUGGCAAGCUGGGCUCGCUGCGCCUCCUCCUUCUUCGGUUGCAGCCGCCUCCGAGGGGAGGGAGUGAUGCCUCCGACAUCAGCCUCAUCGUCGCCCCGGCCUCCUCUCCCCGCUCCCCCGACGCGCUCCCUGCCGUGACGAUCCUCGACGUGCAGCCGACCGCCUCCGUCCUGGCCUCCCCUACGGCUGGGACCCCCGUUGCAACGCGCGCCUCCCGGGCCACCUUCUCGCUGACGCUCCAGGGUGCCGCGCCACUCCUCCCCAGCUCGCCUCCCCUGGCGAUGGUCCCCGAGGACCCCACCCCCCCGGCAGCCGCUCCCUCCCCGUCGCCGCUGCCGGCGGUAACUGGGGUUCCUCCCGCCCCUGAUCCCGCGUCGCCAGCUCCUGCUUCAUCCCCACGGCGCCUCGACUGCUCCCAGCCGCUUCUCCUCCUCGCGGGUACGGCGGACCCCGACGGGGAGGGUGAGACUCGGGUGACCACCCCCGUGGCUUCCCAGCCCCCUCCCCCACGGUCGGCGGCCUACUCCCGCCGUGGUCGGUCCUCCUCCACCCCGGUGACGGCCUCGCGCCAGAGUCUCAGGCUUGAGGCCGCCCGGACGGACGGUAGCCCUGCUCUGCCCAUCCCCGAGCGGGCGGAGCUUCGGGCCGCUGCCCGGAACCUGGAGCCAGGUCACCUUGCGAAGGUUGCGUCAGACUCCGCGAUUGUUUUCAGGGGGGAAUCCGCUCCCCCCUUAGUGCAGAUUGCGGCCAUCCAGGCUCGCGAGAUCCUUGAUGGGAAGUUGGCGGAGGCCCGCCAGACCCUCCUCGCUCCCUCCAUCCCCUCGGGCCCUCCUCCGAACAUCCGCGGGUUCGGCCAUGACGGCCGCCGCCGCCAACUCAUCGAGUACGUGCGCGAUGAGCAUAUUGACAUAGUGGCGAUCCAGGAAACCAUGCGCUCCGACUUCUCAUUGCCAGAGCUUGACCGGCUGAGCACCCACCUCUUUGUGUGGCACUGGCUCCCUUCUAGUGGGAACGCCGGCCAUUCGGGUGGCAUCCUUCUAGGUGUGAAGGAUGCCACCUUCGAGGUGGGGAGUAUGGACCGGGGCCAGUUCUUUGUUAGUAUGGAGCUCUAUGAACGAGCCCUGAACUUCAAAUGGGAGGUUAUCAUCGUCUGUGGCCCGGCUGACGACAGUAGAUCCACAUCCUUCCUCGAGGAGCUUAACCGGAAGGUCUCUGCGGCCUCCCUGCCGGUGGUUGUCGGAGGCGAUUUUAACCUCCUCCGAUUCGCGGAAGACAAGAGCAAUGACCAUGUCAACUAUGCAUGUAUGCAGAUGUUUAAUGACUGCAUUGCCGAUCUUGGUCUUCACGAAAUAGAUAGGAUCGGUGCCAGGUUCACCUGGACCAAUCGGCAAGCCUCCCCGACCCAGUCCGUCCUGGACCGGGUCCUAGUCUCCCCGAAAUGGGACCUCCGCUGCCCUCUGGCCUCUCUUCGGGCUAUCACUCGGAUUGGCUCCGACCACGUCCCUCUUCUCUUGUCCUCCUCCGAAGAGCGUCCUCCGAUCCCUCCUCGAUUUCGCUUUGAGACAUUCCGGUUGUCCCAAACUGGAUUCGUGGAGGCUGUUGGGGCUCGCUGGUUCAUGAAGGGAUGGGGUGCCAACCUGGGUCGUGACCUCCGCGAGCGAAAAAAGGCCUUGCUGACCGCCAUUCAGGCACUUGACCUCCGUGCUGACACGGUCGGCCUCUCCCCUGAUGAGUGGCUCUCUCGGAGCGGCCUUUCUCUGGCCCUCGAUUGCUGGUCCGGCCGCCAGCUUGUCUCCGCUGCGGAGAAUGUCGCUCUCACGGCCCCAUUCUCGGAGGAUGAGGUCUGGGCGGCCAUUAGAGGCAUGAAUCCCUCCUCGGCCCCGGGUCCGGACGGCCUUCCGGUGAAAUUCUUCCAGACCUUCUGGAAUGUGAUUAAGCCAGAAAUCAUGGCCAUCUUUGACGAGUUCUACGUUGGGACCAUCGACCUCGGGCGCCUCAACUAUGGGAUAAUCUCGCUCAUUCCCAAAGUGCCGGGGGCCUCCGACAUUCGCCAGUUCCGCCCGAUCACGGUGAUCAAUGUGAUCUUCCGGAUUCUGGCAAAGGGGUACGCCAAUAGGGUAACCCUGCUAGCAGACCUCAUUACCCACCCCAACCAGUCCGCCUUCGUGAAAGAGCGGUAUAUCCUGGAUGGGGUAUUAGUUCUCCAUGAAGUCCUCCAUGAGGUGCGGUCUAAACACCUCAAGGCGGUCUUCCUGAAAAUUGACUUUCACAAGGCCUACGACACUGUUAGUUGGUCCUUCCUUCGGGAAGUUUUGCUCCGGAAGGGCUUCGAUGAUCGUUGGAUCACCCGGGUGAUGCAGAUGAUGGUACUGCGGGCGCACUGCCAUGAACAUCAAUGGGGAGAUUGGUCCUUACUUCCCCACCCUCUGUGGGGUUAG